AAUGCAAUCUUUAUGUAACACGCUUUCUCAUUGGCUCUUGUCAAGCGUACAAUGACAAUGUACCCGUCGGAGCCGCUUCACAAAAUUUCUUGCGUAUGAAUCUUGUGACAUAAAUACUUUGCACAACAAUAACAAUGGCUACGUCAGAUGACGAUUUUCACAUGUCAGAUCUGGAUGACCUGGAUCUUUUGGGACCGUUAAUGUCAAAUUUUGACUUGGAAGCAGAUAUACUGGAAGGUUUAGAGUCAACUGAUUUAAAUGUAUCCAAUGAAAAUAAUAGGGAAGUGUCAGACUCUGAUAAACAACCUACGGCAGUGCCAGAGGAAUUCACAGCAGACGACGUAAACACAAGUGGUGUUUUUGGUGAUGAUACAACUGAUGGAGUUGCUUUGGAACUAGUGAAUGAACCAGAAAAAGACCAAGACUUAAUUGAAAUGAUGGAGGUUGUUGAAGGUAUAACAACAGAAGAAAACAAAGAAAAGCCAAGUGGGAGGUUCCCGAAACUAUCAUCUGAUGACAAAGAAAAUAUACUUGAUGAGGCGCUUAGUAAAUCAACCAAGAAAAACACAAAAUAUGGAGUGAAGAUAUUUAGGCGUAUGUGUUAA